AUGAUAAGAUUUUAGUGUCUACGAUGCAAUCAUAUACAAGACGAUGAUAGUUCAUGUUAAAAUUGUGACUAAUGGGAUAAAUAGAAGAAACAAAUAGAAGACUUUAAAAGAGUCAACAGAAAAAUUGAGGAAAAUUUAUCAACGGAGAUUGUGUGCUGCGGAGUUGGAGAAUUAUAGAGGAGAAAAAUCAUUAUUGGCUUAUUUUGCGUAUUGAUGUCAAUUGGCUUUAUUCUCCUUAUUGGUGACUUUAGUGAUGAAUCUAGUGAAAUAGGAAUGACUUUGAUUGGCUUUGGAAUUUUGGUCGGUGUGAUCGGAUGCAUCAUUAUAAAAUGCUGUGGUUGAGAAAACAAAUUAAGAUAGAUAGUAUGAGAGUAUAAUAUUUUUAAAACUUAAAUUGAG